AUGACUUCCUACUACGACGUCGAUGCCAUCCUCACAGAUGCUCAGAAAGUGCCAUGCACCUUCGAGCUGUCCGUUCCUGCGCUAGGCUUUCUAGAGGGCAACAUGAGCGGCGAUGUGAAGCAGGGGUCCAAAGUGGAACUACCCUUGUGGCUGGGCGAGAUGCUUGCUAUUUCUCAGAGUCCAUCCCUCGUCUCCCUCGACCAUCCAUCGGCACUCAGCCCACGCGUUCUAAAUGCCCUCAAGGCUGACGCCCGUACUGUCGAUCUGAGAGCUUUGGCCCCUCACUUCUAUAACCUCGGUGCCCGCGUUCUUGAGCUGUUUGAGGAAGAGGAAAUGAUCGAGGUGCUUAGCGAUGCUUUCAAAUCCAGGGCCGCAGUAAUAGCGGAUCAAGCUCACAACCCGCGAGGUGCUCUUGGAGAAGGUGCCGACUUCCUGCGAGGUCUGGACGAAAAUGAAAGGCAGCUGUUCCGAGCUUCGCAUGACAGCGCAAAGGCAGUGCGGACGUGGAUGAAUGACCUAAAGAAAUGA